GCAGCAUUUAAAAAUUGUUGAAUUCUGUCAGUGUAUUAAGGAUGUGGAAAAACUAAUUAAACUCCAGCUGUGGCCAGGCUCAUCUUCUAAACCCAAAAUUGCAUUUCACUUUGACUUCAUGGAUUUUGCUGAAAAAUUCUUGCUCGAGAGCCAUGUAUCCUUGCACAAAUUUUGCAGCACUGUUGAAGUUGAAUAUCCUGAAAUGCUACAUAGACUGGUCAAAAACAUAUAUAAUGUGUUAAACAAUGGAUCAUUCGAUGAAUAUAACAGAUCUUUCAAACACCAAGUCAGAUCAUUAAAGUUCAUACAGAAAGACCUGAUUGAUUAUAGAAAUUGCCCUCUUUGCCCACAAACUGGUGAGUUAGGUGUGGCCAUUCAUUCCAUGGAUGCUUGCUUUAGUCUAACUCAUAAAAAGUUGGCGAGGAAUAGUUUUGUGUUCCAAACCAUGGCUGCUGCCUUAAGUUUGCUGAUCAGGAUGAAGUAG